AAUAAACGGCGAAUGGUUUUUGAAAGACCGUAAUCAAUUUAUAUAAAAUUAUACAGAUAUUAGUCAUGCGAUUAUAUUUUUAAUUGCUUUGGAAUAUACCUUUCAGGUGUAAAUACGAGAACAUUUGGCAGAGACGAGAAUAUUACUUUUUAACUAAAUGCUGGUUCAAUUCACAAUUUUGGUUAGAUGAUUUCUUUUAACGACGCUGCUCGCUUCUCAGAAGAAAGCAAAGCUGUAAAGACGUUUAAACCAUGGUGGGAUGUUGUGCUCGAUUAUUUAUUAGUUGGAUUGCUAUUGAUUGCUUUAUUAUCCUGGACAAGAGUUAUUUCCACGGAUUCAUCUGGUUUGAUUUGCGUACCUCGGGACAAAACCGUCUCUUAUGGUUUUGUAUUUGCGAAGUACUUUAACGCAAAAUGCACGCAAGAGUCUGAAGCACGGUUGCUUCUGUAUUACCCCUACUUUCUUUUUCUUCAAUGGUUGGUUUUAUUCCUACUACAAACUUCAUGGUUAAAGAUUCCAACAGUGAAAAACAGAUUUGAUUGUUAUUAUUAUCUUUUCACGCAACUGAUGUGCGCGGAGAAACCUUAUUACCACUAUCAUUCAUCAUAUGACGUCAUUGACGCUAUUGAUGACGAAUACGGUACGGUGAACUCGGAAGCGUUGCGCAGCACGCGAAAUAAAGUGAUGUUGUUGUUACGAGAAAAAAGUAUCUUGAUUUGGAUCUACCUUGCUAAAAUUGUCUCGCUUUUUGUGUCUUCUUUGUUGUUCUUCUGUCUGAUGGUGUUCUGGGUGAUGACUUUAAAUUUCGAACAAGUUGACUUUGAUUGCAAGUUUAACAUUAAAACUGACGUCAUAACGAACAACCUGAUAUGUAAUUUUUCUCCAGCUUUUUUUUUAUAUGGUGUUAUUCUUGCCAAUCUUGGGUUUCUCGUUUUUCUAUUUUUUAUUUCAUUUUACGCGAUAUACUGGAUGAGUUCAGGAAGACAUUUCUAUCUUUUAAACUUAUCUGGUGUAAAAAAUAUGCCUGGAGUUAUGGAUUUACAAUUUUGUGUGGAUUUAAUAGCAAGUAACUUAAAAAAUGGACAAGAUAUACAAUUGUUGCUUCGCGAUAUCUUAGCACAAGAAUUUAAUUCAUGCACUGGUCUGCCUCAUGAAACUUCAGCAGAUGUUUUUAACAAAGAAUUAGAUAUAGUGCGUUGGAUCAUGCAUCGUAUUGGCUUACAAGAAAUCUCAAUGAAUAAAUGUUCUUCUGGACUCAACGACGUUAUAGAGGAAGUUAGGACAUCUUUACCAGAGUUUAAAUCAAGAGAAUCAUCCAAUUUGGUAGCCAAUAUCGUGAAUCAAAUUUCGCAACAUCCCAGUGAAUAUAUGAAAUCUCAAGAAAAUUAUAAACACGAAUGUCAGUAUAUCCUACAAGCAACAUCUACAAUCCUAAACGUCAAAAUUGUUCUCAUCACAAGUGAGCAAAAUAUACAACAAGUUUAUCUUCCACGUGUACCAUUAUUUGACAGUGAAAACAGAACAAAGUUUCUAGUUUUUGUAAAGCCACAGUAUUUCAGUGCUACAGAAUUAUCUAACCCUGAAGAAGACGAAGGGCUAGGAACAAAAUGUCGCAGACUUUUUUACAGCUCCAAUGUUUCGUACAGGGAGAAGCUAUUGCAGGCUGCAAUUGAACAUUUCAAACAGAAUCGUUAUAACAAAUGCUCUGAGCGUGUUGACGCGGAAGAAACAAACUUGAUUUGUCCGUCCAAUGAAGACGAUAAUGGUGACGAUGAUGACAAUAACAUUCUUGUCCAACGCAGUGACAAAAACAAUACAUUAAGAUUUUUACAUGAUUGGGAAUAUGUUAGCUCAAACAAUGACCUUGAAGAUGGCUUGUUGACUAGGUUGUAA